AUGACAAUGCUCCUCCUCUUCUCCCUCCCUAUCCUAGCCCUAACUGCCUCCAUCCCCAACCCAUCCCUCCCCAAUCCCAUCCCCAACUCCAACUCAUCCUGUUACUGCCUCCCCCACGACCCCUGCUGGCCCUCCCCUAAACAAUGGACCCAAUUCAACCACACUAUCGCCGGCGCUCUCAUCGCCACCAUUCCCCUCGCCAGUCCCUGCCACUCCCACUCCCCUUUCACCCCUUACAACACCGUCCAAUGCGCCACCAUCCGCAACAACUGGCCUCUCCCAAGCACGCACUACACCUCCUCCUCUUCAAUAAUGGCCCCCUUCUUCGCCAAUCAAUCCUGCGACCCUUUCCUCCCCGCCUCCUCCCGCUGCAUCCUCGGCACCUACGUCGCCUACGCCGUCCGCGUCUCGUCCUCGUCCACUAUCAAAGCAACCCUAGCCUUUGCACGCACCCACAACAUCCGCCUCGUCAUUCGCAACACCGGCCACGACUACCUAGGUAAGUCCACCGGCGCAGGCGCCCUCGCCAUCUGGACGCACCACCUAUCCAACAUAACCGUCCACCCUACCUACCACUCGGGCAGAUACACCGGCCCAGCUCUCACAGUCGGCGCAGGCGUGCAAGUCUACGCAGCCGCAGAAGCCGCCCAAGCACAUAACCUCGUCAUAGUGGGCGCCAACGCCGUGACAGCCGGCCUCGCAGGCGGAUACUCCCAAGGAGGCGGCCACAGCCAGCUAACUUCGACGUUCGGCCUCGCCGCUGACCAGGUCCUGCAUUGGGAGGUCGUCCUCCCCGAGACCGGCCAGCUCGUCACGGCUGCGCCGAUUGGACCCUACGCAGACCUCUACUGGGCUCUCUGCGGUGGUGGAGGGGGUGUCUAUGCCAUCGUCGUCUCUAUGACUGCCAAGGCUCACCCGGAGCUGCGGACUGCAUCUGCGAAUCUGUCUUUCGUGGGAGGUGGGGUGGGCUUCCGCCGUGGGGUGGAUGCUUUUAUCAAGGCGUUGCCGCGCUUGUUGGAUGAGCGCGCUGUUGUUGUCUGGCUAUUGGCGGAUGGGUUGUUCUCUGUCACGCCGGUGACGCUGCCUGGGGGAGACAAGGAGGUGUUAGGGCGGUUGAUGGGGGGUGUGGUUGAGACGCUGGAGAGGGAGAAUAUUUCAUAUUCAUACUGCAUAAACGACUUCCCCACCUACCACGAAAGCUUCAACACCAUGAGUCCCCCCCUUAAUAUAACAGAGUACAACAUCGGCGGACGACUCAUCCCGCGCUCAGUUGUCGAGUUCAAUGCUUCCGCUUUCACGGAUACCCUGUGGGAUAUCCUCCGCCAGGGGGGCCUCAUUUCUGGUAUUACUGUUAAUGCUACUCUGCCUGACAACAACGGCCAUAAAAGGAUUGAAAAUGCAGUUCUACCCGCUUGGAGAAUGGCUGCUGCUAAUAUUGUUGUUGCUUUACCUUUCAACUACACCUCCCAAUCCACCAACCUCGCGCACCAAUCACUCUUGACGAACAGUUUUCUCCCCGCUCUCGACCGUCUGUCCACCACCCCCGCCGCCUACCUCAACGAAGCCAACUUCCGCGAACCACACUGGCAGAGUGUUUUCUACGGGAGUAACUAUCCCCGUUUAUUGACUAUCAAGAACAAGUAUGAUCCGCGGGGGGUCUUGUACGCUGCGACCGGUGUGGGGAGUGAGGCGUGGGUUAUGGAGGAAUGGGAUGGGAGGUUGUGUCGGGUUUAGCUAUCUUACCUUGCCUUACCUAUUGGGUCUGGGAUUGGG